UUGUCUAGUUGUUUCUUAGUGUUCAGGUAUUUCACAAUAGAUAAACGAAAAAUGAUUUGGAAAAUUGUAUUUUUGUUGACGUGUUUUAACGUUUUAGUGGACGCUGGUGGAUGUUGUGAACCAGGUGGUACAUUGACGGACGAGGUUAGCGAUGUGGAUAAUAAUACCGAAGUACCGCAACCGUAUGAAACAAUUGCACAAUGGCUAGAAGUCUUAAAAGAACAGGGCUAUAUAGAUUGGACUAAAUUGGCGAAAACACCUAGGAAUAAUCAAAUAGAAAAUGCAAGGGCCGGAUUAGCUUAUAGUAGAUGUCCAUCUACUAUCUUGGGAGAUCUUCUUAAGAGCAGUAAACAAAUUAACUGGCCUCCUGAAUUAGCUUCAGCUAUAACUAGAUUUGAACGAAGUGUUUUAAGAACCUAUACAUAUAGACGUAUUCCAAAAACACAAGCAGUAUUCUUGGCCCCUUCUGAAAACCAAGGAGUGCCUGAGUCAGGACUUUUACUUAUUUUUGAUAAACUCGAAGGAACUGAGGAUGAUAAUUAAAAUCG